AUGUUGCACGCCCAUGCACAAGCCAUUUGCACCCAGACUGCCAGACAGUCCCUUCAGUGCUUUAAAGUGGCGCCAACAGAAGUAGAGCAUUCUAUUCUUGAGGACCUACGGAACCGUGUACAGUUGAGUAGUAUCGUGCUGCCUUCAGUCAGCUUCUAUACGUUUAUUAACACGCAUAAUGGUUUGAACUGUUCAUCGAUUUCCGCUGAUGGAUCGUUUGUUGCUGGUGGAUUUUCAGACUCAUCACUAAAGGUUUGGGACAUGGCAAAGCUUGGUCAACAAACUGGCAGUUGUGAAAAAUCUCAGACAACUAUUUUCCGCACAGAUCGCUCUAUGAAUUACCAGUACCUAAGUCUCUUUUUCUCGGUGACCCUUGCAAUUCAGUCUAUAGUAGGCCAAAUUCUUCACUGA